UUCGCCCGCGCUGUGAGGCCCCAUUGCUUCCCAGGAACCGUGAGUCCCGGAGUUCGGAAGCUGAGGAUCUGGGUGGGUGGGGGGUUCUGCUAGAGAGGCGGCCGGACUUGGAUCAGAGCAGCACUUAGGAGACGCGGUGCAGUCGAACAGAGCCACCAUGGGGACAUCAGCCCCUGGGCCCAUUCACCUGCUGGAGCUGUGUGACCAGAAGCUCAUGGAGUUUAUCUGCAAUGUGGACAAUAAGGACUUAGUGUGGCUCGAGGAGAUUGAGGAAGAGGCUGAGCGCAUGUUCACCAGAGAAUUCAGCAGAGAGCCUGAGCUGAUGCCCAAAACGCCUUCUCAGAAGAACCGACAGAAGAAGAAACGGAUUUCUUAUGUUCAGGAUGAAAACAGAGACCCAGUCCGGAAAAGGUUGUCCCGCAGAAAGACUCGGAGCAGCCAGUUGAGCUCCCGGCACAUGCGCAGCAAGGACAAGGCGGAGCAGCUGGCCACAGCGACAGGGGAGAACGGCCCUGUCCUGCGGCGGGUGACACGGGCUGCAGCCGCAGCUGUGGCAGCCAACAUGGCUGCUGCUUUGCCCACCCCGGAGUCUCCCACAGCACUGAGCAGGAAGCCCAAGAAUAGCGUCGCCCAGUGCCAGCUGGUGCCCGUGGUGGAGAUCGGCGUCGGCGAGCGCCGCAGUGCCGAGCAGCACCUCAGCGAGCUCACGUCUGCCCGGGCUCCGUCCCCAGCGCCCACUCCAGCCACAGCCCCUGCCUCCCAGAGCACCUCGAUUUCAGACAAGGAAUCAACACCCAAGAAGUCAGGGGCCGGGAGACUGGAGUCUGUCACUGUGAGCUCCCUGAUGGCUACACCCCAGGACCCCAAGGGCCGAGGGGUCGGAGCAGGCCGGUCCGCCUCCAAGCUCAGGAUUGCGCAGACCUCCCCAGGCCCACAGGACUCACCUGGCUCUCCAGCCUCCCCGUGGCGGGAGCGGGUGCUGGCUCCCAUCCUGCCAGAUAAUUGCUUGACGCCCAAGGGCUCCUGUAGGGACCCACACUCAGUGCGGCGCAGCCUGAUUGGCCCGUCCUCCCCGGGUCGCCAGGCCUCUCUGUCCCAGUAUUCCCUGGCAGCCAAACCGGAGAGCACCGUCCGCAGGUCAAGCAGAAGGAUUGACAAGAAGGCCGCCAAAGAGCCGCCCCCCUCCGCCCGCAUCAUCUGUCACAGUUACCUGGAGAGGCUCCUGAAUAUUGAGGUGCCCCAGAAAGUCAGCCCCAAGCAGAAGGAGCCCAGUGAGGACGCUGAGCUUGUGGAGGCACCUGAGCCGGAGGUCCCCAAGAACGACGGGAGUACCUUGUGGCCCCACAGUGCCACCAAGAUUGCCGUUAGCACGCCCGGCCCGCGGCCUGAGGCUAGUGGCCAGGAAACUCCCUCGGAAAGGCAACAGGAGAUCAAGACCGACCAAGCAGAUGGCCCCAAGGAGCCACCCCAAAGUGUUAGGAGGAAGCGCAGCUACAAGCAGGCUGUGAGUGAGCUGGAUGAAGAGUUGCAGCCGGAGGACGAGGACCUGCAGCCCCCCAGGAGCAAGACCCCGUCCCCUCCCUGUCCAGCCAGCAAGGUGGUGCGGCCCCUCCGGACCUUCCUGCACACCGUGCAGAGGAACCAGAUGCUCAUGACCCCGACCUCAGGCUCCCACAGCAGCGUCAUGAAAUCCUUCAUUAAGCGCAACACUCCCCUGCGCAUGGAUCCCAAGUGCAGCUUCGUUGAGAAAGAGCGGCAGCGCCUGGAGAACCUGCGGCGGAAGGAGGAGGCAGAGCAGCUCCGCAGGCAGAAGGUGGAGGAGGACAAGCGGCGGCGGCUGGAGGAGGUGAAGCUGAAGCGCGCGGAGCGCCUCCGCAAGGUGCUGCUGGCCCGGGAACGGGUGCAGCAGAUGAAGGAAGAGAAGAAGAAGCAGAUCGAGCAGAAGUUUGCUCAGCUCGACGAGAAGACUGAGAAGGCCAAAGAGGAGCGACUGGCUGAGGAGAAGGCCAAGAAAAAGGCAGCAGCCAAGAAGAUGGAGGAGGUGGAGGUGCGCAGGAAGCAGGAGGAGGAGGCGCGGAGGUUCAGGUGGCUACAACAGGAGGAGGAAGAGCGGCGGCACCAAGAACUGCUGCAGAAGAAGAAGGAGGAGGAGGAGCAGGAGAGGCUGCGGAAGGCGGCCGAGGCCAAGAGGCUGGCGGAACAACGCGAGCAGGAGCGGCAGCUGGCGGAGCAGCGUGAGCAGGAGCGGAAGAGGGAGCAGGAACGGAAGAGGGAGCAGGAGCGGCUCCAGGCUGAGAGGGAGCUGCAGGAGAGGGAGAAAGCCCUGCGGCUCCAGAAGGAGAAGCUGCAGAGGGAAUUGGAGGAGAAGAAGAAAAAGGAAGAGCAGCAGCGCCUGGCUGAGCAGCAGCAGCUGCAGGAGGAAAAGAAGAAAGCUAAGGAGGCUGCAGUGGCCAGCAAAGCCCUGAACGUGACCGUGGACGUGCAGUCUCCAGCUUGUACCUCAUAUCAGAUGACUCCGCAAGGGCACAGGGCGCCCCCCAGGAUUAACCCGGAUAACUAUGGGAUGGAUCUGAAUAGCGAUGACUCCACGGAUGACGAGGCCCAUCCCCGGAAGCCGAUCCCUUCCUGGGCCAGAGGCACCCAGCUCAGCCAGGCCAUCAUCCAUCAGUACUACCACCCCCCGAACCUCCCCGAGCUCUUUGGAACCAUUCUCCAACUGGACUUGGAGGACAUCUUCAAGAAGAGCAAGCCUCGCUACCACAAGCGCACCAGCUCUGCCGUCUGGAACUCGCCGCCCCUACAGGGCAGCAGGGUUGCCGGCAGCCUGGCCUACAGCCUGAAGAAGUACUGAGGCAGGCCCGCGGGCCUUGUUGGCAGUCUCAGCCCCGGUCUCUCUGUCUGCCUGUCUGUCCACCUCUCUGUUGAUCUGGUGCCCUCCUGCCUGGUAUUCUGUCACUGAGGGUUUGGUCACGUGUAUAUAAACGUUCUCUGUGUGCUGCAGAUGGAAAGUGGCCCAGGCCUGUUUGGAGGCUGCGCUUGGUGGGUGUUUGGGGAAGUGCCAGGCCCAGCCUCGCUUGGCCCGCAGGUAGCACUCUGUAAAUAGAUGGAUAUAAUUCAGACGAAUUUUAGCCACUGGUGUUUGAGAGCUAGAUUAAUAAAGUCUAUUCCUUUAA